CCUGGUGACGAGGCGACACCGACGCCACUACCACUGCUAGCGGCGGCUUCAGCACCAGCGGCGGCUCAAGAUGUCGAUCGAAAUCGAGUCCUCCGACGUGAUCCGACUCAUCAUGCAAUACCUGAAGGAAAACAGCCUCCACCGGGCGCUCGCCACCCUUCAGGAGGAGACCACCGUGUCUCUCAACACCGUGGACAGCAUUGAGAGCUUCGUGGCAGAUAUCAACAGUGGGCACUGGGACACGGUGCUGCAAGCCAUACAGUCUCUGAAGCUGCCCGACAAGACCCUCAUUGAUCUCUAUGAGCAGGUUGUGCUGGAGUUGAUCGAGCUCCGAGAGCUGGGUGCUGCCAGGUCUCUGCUGAGACAAACGGAUCCCAUGAUCAUGCUGAAACAAACUCAGCCAGAGCGCUACAUCCACCUCGAAAACCUUCUGGCCAGAUCUUACUUUGAUCCUCGUGAGGCAUACCCGGAUGGGAGUAGCAAAGAGAAGCGGAGAGCUGCUAUUGCACAAGCUUUGGCUGGAGAGGUCAGCGUGGUGCCUCCAUCUCGUCUUAUGGCAUUGUUAGGGCAGGCAUUGAAAUGGCAGCAGCAUCAGGGCCUGCUUCCUCCCGGUAUGACAAUUGACUUGUUCAGAGGCAAAGCAGCUGUGAAAGACGUGGAAGAAGAAAAGUUCCCCACGCAACUGAGCAGGCAUAUUAAGUUUGGACAGAAAUCACAUGUGGAGUGUGCUCGGUUUUCUCCAGAUGGCCAGUAUCUGGUUACUGGCUCAGUUGAUGGCUUUAUUGAAGUAUGGAACUUCACUACUGGAAAAAUUAGGAAGGAUCUGAAGUAUCAGGCACAAGAUAAUUUCAUGAUGAUGGAUGACGCAGUGCUGUGCAUGUGCUUCAGUCGAGAUACAGAAAUGCUAGCAACUGGAGCACAAGACGGAAAGAUCAAGGUGUGGAAAAUCCAGAGUGGUCAGUGUCUGAGAAGAUUUGAACGAGCUCACAGUAAAGGUGUUACGUGCCUCAGUUUCUCUAAAGACAGCAGCCAAAUUCUUAGUGCUUCUUUUGAUCAGACAAUCAGGAUUCAUGGUUUAAAAUCUGGGAAAACCCUAAAGGAAUUCCGUGGUCAUUCUUCCUUUGUCAAUGAAGCUACUUUUACCCAGGAUGGCCACUAUAUUAUCAGUGCAUCCUCAGAUGGUACAGUGAAGGUUUGGAACGUGAAGACAACAGAGUGCUCCAACACCUUCAAGUCUCUUGGCAGCACUGCUGGGACAGACAUUACUGUUAACAGUGUGAUUCUGCUGCCUAAAAACCCAGAGCACUUUGUUGUUUGCAACAGAUCGAAUACAGUCGUCAUCAUGAAUAUGCAAGGACAAAUUGUAAGAAGCUUUAGCUCUGGUAAGAGAGAAGGCGGUGACUUUGUCUGCUGUGCACUUUCACCUCGUGGUGAAUGGAUCUACUGUGUUGGUGAAGAUUUUGUGCUGUACUGCUUCAGCACAGUGACGGGCAAGCUGGAGAGAACUCUAACUGUCCAUGAAAAAGAUGUCAUUGGCAUUGCUCAUCACCCCCACCAGAAUCUGAUUGCUACUUACAGUGAAGAUGGCCUCCUCAAGCUCUGGAAGCCAUAGAUUGAUUUUUCAGCAAGCUCUGAAGCAUUGAAGCAUGCCUGUUAGUUGCAGGUUACUAGUGUUUGUGCUUUAACGAGGUCUAAAUAUGCAGAAUGUGAUACUUGCUCAAUUUUCAGUUCAGGUUUCUAGAGAACUACAUUUUUACCUACCUAGAGUGGACUGAUGCAUAGGUGUAGCAUCAGUUAAUUUCAUAUAGUUUUAUUUUUACUAGAGUAGUUGAAGCAGCUUCGGUGAGUAUGCUUUUUCUGCCUCCUGAAGUCUGUACUCUUCCUACAAUGUUUGUAAAAGUUCAGUGAGCCAGCAGCUGUUUACGAUUAUGAGUGGUUGCUGACUACCUAGAAUACAGUAAAAUUCUUUUUUUCUUUUUUUUUCUUUGUUUUGUUUUGUUUGAGUGAAAUGUGGAAUGGAAAGCUGUCCCUUCCCCACUGCUGAAACAGGAAUAGUUUCCUGGAAUGCAGAUAGGGAUACAGCUUGAAGAUGGGGUCAUUUCGAGGCCAUUGGGUUUUGCUGUAUUCAAUUUUCACUAUAAUUUUUCCAAUUAUGUUGGAAAGUAGUGUCACACAGCUGCCUCAGAAUGAAACCAUCCUUCCCCAUCUGUCAGCGCUUCCUACUAUAGACUGUAAACUUGCCUAAUGAGGCAGUAAGAUACAGUUGAUUUUGUUUGGGGAUUUUUGUUCUGUUUUACUUAACUUCCAGACGAAAAGGAGCUAUUAUUGGAGCCCUCUUCCUGUAAGUGCAAAAUGUUUUCCAGCUAUAGACUAGCUAUGACUGAAACAGGCUCCAGGGGAUCAACAUUUCAAAACAAGCAAAAAUUGGUUUACAUAGGCUGAGUUCCUAGUGCUGUCAUAAUGCUUUAAAUAAUUAUUUUUAAUAUUUUUUUUAAAUUUUAUAUGCCUGUGGAGCUAGCUAAGGGUAUACCUAGGUCCCACAAGAUGAUAAAAAGAUACUUUUAGGCUCUUCAAUUUGAAGCACAUGAUUUUUUUGUUGAGAGAUUCUGACUAAUGUUCAGUGUUCUUAAUGUGCACAAGAAUCUUCUGAAGUCUGAUUGUGUCUUUUCUAGGAUGCAGAAAAAUUAAGUUUUUCCUGUAGUGAUGAAUCAAAUGCAUGUUGAUUUGAUUUUGCUACGCUGUGUUUUGUCCUCAUAUCUUGUAGAAUGCUUUUGUACUGCAGUAAUCUUCCAGACAGUAAUAACUUGUCUUCAACUUAAUAAAUUAGUUCCACUUCAAA